GUUUUACGGGGUUUGUGGGUAAGAACAGGAUUCGUCUUUCUCGUGUUUACAUUAUUUUUGCCUCCUUUUCGUCGCUACCUAGAUCACAUUAUUGGGGAUUUUUUUUUUAAGUUUUAUCUUGACUGAAUCGAUACCGCGAAUCGCUAUCGAGACUAAACAACAUGGAGUGGACAAAGCAGAAGUACAACGAGCAAUACGAGAUUUGGAUGCCUUGGAUCGAGGAUCACUUCCUCAAAUAUUUUACCAAGGACAACAAGGCUAGCUACGCAACCAGGGAGCAGCUGGACAAGACCAAAGUUACCAACAUCGAGCAAGUCGAUACGCUACAAGACGGCGUGAAUAAUGUAGUCACUGGCCAAGUCGGCCAAGGCGGACUCCUACAACCGGUCGGCGACCUUGUAUCGAAAGAAGGUGUCAACCGCGCCGAGCGGGGUGGCAAAGACGAGCAGGGCGGAAUCCUACCUACCUCCGUGUCUGGAAUUCUUUAAAUCAUGGGGUUAUAUACGUGAGGGAGUAGGAUAUGGAGUUUGAGGGACUGGAAUAUUAUGCAACGGAACGGAUUAUCGAGAGAAGGGGAACUUCUCUACUUUUUUAUGGGUGUAAUUUUGGGUUCGCGUCUUCAUGCGACCUUCUGACUAGUUCCCCUUAUAACGUUUGAAGGUUAGGUGGGGAUAUUCUCUGUGCUCGGUUGAUUAAAAGAUUUUUUAUCAGAAGAUCAGACAAUUCGUUAAUUUUAAUUUACUUCCUCUGUUUCUUCUAUCGCAUAGAAGCAAUUAGACGACUAGGGUGCUCAAAGGU